AUGUCCAUGGCCAUUUGCUCAAAUACCCCUGGUGCAUACCCUGAAAUUGGACUCUGUAAUGAGGUCGAUAAACAGUUGAAAUCAGGCGGAUUCUCCUCUGAUUCUUCUUUGAUAUUAAAUAAACCAGAAGUUCACCAACACUGGUCUUCCGCUUCAUCUCAUAUUUCACGCUCAAGUGAUGUGUAUACAAAUGGCAAAGAAGAAAUUUCAUCUGUUGUUGGUGAGGACACAACGGACACUGACCCUUUCCCCUCAUUGGUCGAAAAAUAUAACUCUUUUCCCACGAGAAAGAGUCUUUCCGAACAGAACGAAUUCGAUGAUGAUGUUGAUGACGACGUUUCUUCCUCACCAGAGCAAAAAUCACAAGGUUCUCGUGAAAUUGAAAUUCCUUCUGAAAUUUCUUCUGAAAUUUCUUCUGAAAUUUCUUCUGAAAUUCUAAAUAGCACAUCGCCAGACGGUACUUCAGAGUUUCACGACUUCGCUGAACCACCUCCCUCUCAGAAUCAAUCUGUCGCUCUCUCUUUCAGUCAAUCAAAUGAUUUGGAUUUUUUGAAUAAUCCAAGCGGAUCGGGCUCUUCGAAUGACAUUAAUAGAAGCUCGAGCUCCCUAUCACUUCCCAAACACGUGUCAUUAGACUUUAACGUUUACAAUAGCCUUUGCUGCACAAACGAGGCCAUUGCGUCAGAAUCGCAUAAUGUGGCUAAAUUUCACCUUGGAAAGGAAAAUAAAAAGAGCUUGUUACCAAGAUGGAAAACUAUUGAGAUGUACGGAGAAGCGGUUAAGAAAACUCAAGACAUAUAUUCCAAUUUUCAGUAUGCGCAAUACAUUUUAAAGGUAGGGUUGGACACAGAAAAACUACACGAACUCGUCAAGGAGCGGGAGGAUGGGAAUGAUAGCUUCACUAUUGAUUUUUUGAAGGAAUCUCUAGUGAACGACGCGAAAGUGAUUUUGAAGAGACUAAGUGCCAUUGGAUAUCCUGAUGCACAAUACCUUUUAGGUGACGCUUACUCCUCUGGAGUUUUCGGUAAAAUAAAGAAUAGAAGGGCAUUUCUUUUGUUCUCCGCUGCAGCCAAAAGAUUACACAUUGAAAGUGUUUACAGAACCGCUAUUUGCUAUGAGUGCGGCUUGGGUGUAACAAGAAAUGCACCGAAGGCGGUUAAUUUCUUGACCUUCGCAGCAACUAAGAACCAUCCAGCAGCAAUGUACAAAUUAGGAGUAUAUUCGUAUCAUGGUUUGAUGGGCCUUCCUGAUGAUAUUUUAACAAAAAUGGAUGGUUAUAGAUGGUUGCGAAGGGCUACGUCCAUGGCCAGCAGCUUAGUUUGUGGUGCUCCUUUUGAAUUGGCCAAUAUUUAUAUGACAGGAUAUAAAGAUCUUAUCAUUUCAGAUCCAGAUUAUGCUAUGGAAUUGUACAAGAAGGCAGCGGUCCUAGGGCAUGCUGAAUCGGCAAGAAUAUUAGAAGAAGCUCGCAGAAAUGGAGAGUUUGUUCCGCAGGAACAUCCUGGUUCGGCACAAAAAUAUCGUAAAACCUCCGAUGAAGCUGUGGCGGCCAGAAAGUUGAUCUAA